GAGAGUUUCCCCCCACUUGAACUUUCGGAACUUUCAGCACUAUCGAUGUUUUUCCCCUCCAUUCUCCGUUCAGUUCUCGUGCGACUACGUGCGUGUUGUGCUCGGAGCUUUGGGUCCAUGAGCUUUUCCGUGUUGUUUAGUUGCAUUUCGUGAGUCGCUUAUUGAGGUUAUCGCGGCGGUUUCGUGUGUUUUUGUGAUUUGUUGAACACGUUUUCUCGGCCGUCAUGGCGGAAGAAGAAAAUAAUGAAGAGGCCGCGAGUGACACCAAAUUUGGGCUUAGACUGCGGGGCAGGAAAGGAGCUUUGAAGAAAAAGAAUGUGUACAAUGUCAAAGAUCAUAAAUUUAUCCCCAGAUUCUUCAAGCAACCCACUUUCUGCAGCCACUGCAAGGAUUUCAUUUGGGGGUUUGGAAAACAGGGAUUUCAGUGCCAAGUCUGCAGUUUCGUCGUCCACAAAAGAUGCCACGAGUUCGUGUCCUUCACCUGCCCCGGAGCUGACAAAGGCCCAGACUCCGAUGCCACCAGAACGAAGCACAAGUUCAAAGUUCACACUUACGGGUCUCCAACUUUCUGUGAUCACUGCGGCUCCCUCCUGUACGGUAUCAUUCAUCAAGGACUCAAGUGCGAAGCCUGUGAUAUGAAUGUGCAUAAACGGUGCGAGGAGAGCGUGCCUAAUCUCUGUGGUUGUGAUCAUACCGAGCGGCGGGGGAGGAUGGAGCUGAAAAUUACCUGCGCCGGUAGCAAAUUAACCGUAGAAGUUCGUCAAGGGAAAAAUCUCAUUCCAAUGGAUCCCAACGGAUUGUCCGAUCCUUACGUCAAGCUGAAAUUGAUCCCGGACUCGGACAACGUCAAGAAGAAAACCAAGACAAUAAAAGCAUCUUUGAAUCCCGUCUGGAAUGAGACGCUAGUUUUCGAAUUGAAGCCGGAGGACAAGGACAGACGGCUGUUGAUCGAGGUGUGGGAUUGGGAUCGGACGUCCCGGAACGACUUCAUGGGAUCCCUGUCGUUCGGGAUCUCGGAGCUGAUCAAGGCCCCCGUCGAGGGAUGGUUCAAGCUCCUCACCGAGGAGGAGGGCGAGUUCUACAACGUCCCCGUCCCCGCCGAGGGCACCGACCUCGCCGCCCUCAAGAACCAAAUGAAGGGCUCCAAAAAUCAGGGCCGGCAGUCGAAAACAUCGAUCACGAAGAAGCCCGCGGUCGUUACCAGCAACAAAGAUGUGCCCCACAACAUGGGUCAAAAGGACGUCAUACGUGCUUCCGAUUUUAAUUUCCUCAUGGUCCUCGGCAAAGGCAGUUUCGGGAAGGUGAUGUUAGCAGAAAGGAAAGGAACUGAUGAACUUUAUGCCAUCAAAAUCUUGAAGAAGGACAUUAUAAUUCAAGACGAUGAUGUGGAGUGUACGAUGGUCGAGAAGAGAGUUUUAGCAUUAUCACAAAAGCCACCUUUCCUUGUUCAGCUUCAUUCAUGCUUCCAAACUAUGGAUCGUCUUUAUUUUGUCAUGGAGUACGUCAAUGGUGGUGACCUCAUGUUUCAAAUUCAACAGUGUGGUAAAUUCAAAGAGCCCGUAGCAGUAUUUUAUGCAGCAGAAAUAGCAAUAGGUUUAUUCUAUCUCCACGUCAGAGGAAUCGUCUACCGAGAUUUAAAAUUGGACAAUGUUUUAUUGGACCAAGAUGGACAUAUCAAAAUAGCCGAUUUUGGAAUGUGCAAAGAAGGCAUAAGUGGAGAUAACACGACCAAAACAUUUUGUGGAACGCCAGACUAUAUUGCUCCUGAGAUCAUUUUAUAUCAACCUUACGGUAAAUCAGUUGACUGGUGGGCAUAUGGUGUUCUGCUGUAUGAAAUGCUGGUUGGACAGCCGCCAUUUGAUGGCGAAGAUGAGGAGGAGCUCUUUGCAGCAAUCACCGACCACAGUGUUAGCUAUCCAAAAGGAUUAUCUAAAGAAGCAAAGGAGCUUUGUAAAGGGCUGUUGACAAAGAAUCCUCAAAAGAGAUUAGGGUGUGGCUCUCGAGGCGAAGAGGACAUAAGAGGUCACACAUUCUUCCGGAGAAUAGAUUGGGAGAAAAUAGAAAAUCGGGAGGUGCAGCCCCCUUUUAAGCCUAAAAUUAAACACCGGAAAGAUGUAAGUAACUUCGACAGGCAGUUUACGUCGGAAAAGACAGACCUGACUCCUACAGACAAAGUAUUUAUGAUGAACCUCGACCAAACAGAGUUUCAGGGCUUCUCCUUCCUCAACCCAGAGUACAUCCAGCACGUUUAAAUGGUUCUCAUCAUCGUUCCCUAUAAUUUGUUUUGCAAUAAUGUCUUAGCUACUAUUUUCUAGGUGAGUCAUUUUUACUCUUGUUGAUCAUCAGUCCUAACGUUAAAAGUUAAGUUGUAUUUCUGCUGUGUUCUUCUUCUGUUAUUAUUUUGUUUGUAGCUCUGUUACCUAUUGUGAUACUAAUUUAUACGCUCGUUUAAUUCGCAAUUCGUUUAAGUGCUCCCUCCCCUUCUCUCUCUAUGUAUUUGAAUGUCUCGCUUCAAAAAUUGCCCGACUUGGAAAUUAAAAAUUAGACUCCGCAAAUGUAAAUUGCUUAUAUUUUUCAAAACAAAGUAAUUGAAAUUCGCCUGCUUGCCUAUUAGUGUUUCUUUGAUAGCUGAUGAUUGUGCCAGAAAAUCAUGACAGAAAAUUGAGCUUAGUUUUUUUUGUCUCUUAAAAAAGGUUUCAAUUUCCGAGUCGGGUGGUUUUGGAAACAAGCUAUUCAUUUCCUCUCAGCUUAGCUGACUGUUUGUAAACUUGUGCUACCAGUAUUCUGAACUUUGGCUAGAAUUCCUGAAAUUUUAAAUGAUUGAUUUCAAGGUUUUGGUACAAGCCUCUGUUUUCUUUCUCCAACUGAAGAAAAACAAAGAUUGAUCCCUAAAUUGGGCAUAAAUCAUGAACAGACAUGUUUUUAAAUACCUCAUCAGUAUCUGAAAGUAAACCUACUUGUUAGGUAAACUUUGCCCCCAGUAUAUUAAACGUUAAGCUCAAAUUAUAUUUCGUCCACCUAAUAUUGUGUCAGUUCUUAAGCGGCUGCAUUGAUGAACCAAAAGCGUUUAUAAUCUGAGACACAGCUGGGGAGAUAAGAAGGAGGUCUAAAAUUUUUUUCCAAUGGAUAAUUUUUAACCUCAGACCACAUUGUGAAAUUUUUUUGACUAAGCCUUUAGUUUUCAAUUUCAAUUGAUGCUGAAAAAUAUAUUCAUCAAGGCGUGUAGGAAAGCCUCUUUACUUGCUUUCUGUACUAAACUAAGUAAUCUUCGAAGUUUUUAAGCAGAUCUCUUCAUCAGAUUUUUCAUCAUACUUGCAUUCAUCAUGAAGAUUUGUCUAUCAUUAGUAGUAUGUUGUUGGUAUUGCAUCACUAUUCUAGCCGCAAACAUCAUGAACAAAUUUCAGAUUACAUGUAGCAUGAGCCCAGUAUUUAUCUGGGAUUUUUGUUGUACUGGGUACAAAUUUUUGUUCAAUAUAAUUUGAUUCUACGCAAUUUUCUUCCAUUUUCAUACUUUUUUACGCUUUCGAUCCAGCAUUGUCCUUGUUUACUUCAAAUACCACCACCAGAAAGUAGUUUACCUUUGAAUUGUGUUUUUUUCUUCUUUUUUUGUUAAAAUGAAGACGAUCCUGUUAUAAUUUUGAAAUCCUUCUUUAUCCUCAGAAAAUCUGCAGUAAUGCCGUGCUAAGGAAAUAUGCUGUAUGAGCUUUCUGAUAUGAUGAAAAUUUCUUUGAUAAAAUAUGAAUUUCUUUGAAAAUCUGUCAACAUUUUUCUUUGAACUUUCCAGAGCAUUUAAUUCGAAAUCAUAUUUAAAUCAGCUGAAAAUUUCAGGAGAAAAUAUUCGUAACUCUCCUGAAAAAUACACGCACCAGAAAGAUAGUAUUGUGGAUUUUUGGCAACCCUUGAAUGUUCUCCAGGCCUUUUUCCUUAGCACGGCAGAGUAGAUCUGCGUAGACUUAAGAUGUAUUAGAACCUGAAAAUUCCUAAUCAAAGGUUUUGACUGCAUAGGUAUCACACUAGUCGUGAAAACAUGAAAAAAAUAAAGUUAAAUCUUUAUCAAAUAUAAGAAUCAAAUCUUUAAAUGAUUAAGUAAAGAAAGAGAAUUCUAUUUUUAUUUGUCUCCUCCUUUCGCAAUUGAGAAUAGUUUAAUUUUUAAGAGAAUAUUUUUAUGCUCAGUACCGACAUUGAACGGUGACUUGGAAUUUUUACACCAUUGAUUUUGUGUUGAGCUAUUUUUUUAACUGAAAAUCCAUUUGAAAUCUGAAUGAGUGAAGCUGUUUCUAGUCUGGAACUGAGUUCUUACAUUCAGAUCCUUUAAGCAUAGGGUUUUACUACCAUGCUAAGGAAAAACACCGUAAGAACAUUCAAGAGCUGCCAAAUUUCCCUGGAUAAAAAAUGUAUUUUUGAGGAAAGUCAUUUGUAUUUUUCCUUGAAAUUUUAAGAUAUUUUCAAUUAAAUUGGGAACUAAACUCUCUGAAAAAUCGGAGGCAAAACAUUCAAAGAUUUCCUGAAAAAAUUGUAUUUUAUCAAUGGAAUUUUGGCAAUGUCUUAGGGCUUAUUCUGCGCUCUUCCUUAGAUUAUCAGUUUAGCUCUUGAGCUUUCAGAAAAAGCUUCAAAAGACAUUUGUCCCAUCCAUUUGGGCAUUUUAAGGUCUUUAAAACGUAAAAUGAAAAAUAUUCAGUUUUAAUUUUAAAUUAUGACCAAUUGAAAUUUAUUCAUCACUUUAUGAGCAGGUUUUACCCCUGAUUUGUUGUGAAUUUUGAAGCUGCCGCUGUGACUUUUUAUUUAUUUUAUAUUUUAGUCCUGUUUCUCCUCAAGGGGAGGUCACAACUUGAAUCAUUGUUUUUAUCAUUUUUAAAUAUGUACAUAACUAUUUUUAGAAUCCUGAAAGUGAUGAAGCAGUGAAAAAAGUCCAGUUAAAACCGAUUUCAGAAACUUUCGCUGAUCAAAUUCUAAUGUGCAAAAAAACUGUGAAGCAUUUAUUUUGAAUUGUAUUUUAAUCAUCGCAACUCUUUCAAGAGAAAAGAGGAAAUUUUAUCUGUCCAUAUUGUUCGUGAAUUUGACUUAAAGUUUUGAAAUUGAAGUGAAAAAGCUAGAAUGUUUUUUUUUUAAAAAUAUCAAAAACUCGUUAAAGAACCUUUCAUUACCCAGAUUUUUCUAAGUUUUCUGUCCAACCUUACUAUUGAACGCAGGGCAGCUAGUUGGAAGAUCGAUAUUAAAGCUCAACCAUUUUUUUGUGUGUCUCUCAUUAUUAAUAAACGUCUAAGAAUCGCAGAUGAAAAAUAUCAAUUGCGUCUCCAUCAGAAGCUGUGUUGUACCUAUCUCAUAAAGUUUAUGCCUUCUAAUUAAUUUCUUUCUCCUCUUUAUUUUGAGUAUUUAUUUUUAUUUUGUUGUAUUUUUAAGGAAGUCGUCACACUUCAUCUUUUCUUGUAAAUAUCAUAGUCUUAAGGUGAGAUACAUUCCACAUGAUAGUCUAAGAGCUUUGUUGUAUACUACCCAUAGAUGCCUGGUUAUUCAGGAAAAUCAUCAACUUGUGAUCACUGAAUUUUUGUGGGUAAUUCUCUGAAUAAUUAUCAAGUGCUCGAAAAAUUAGAAGAAAAUACCAGCAUUUACUGCGAGGGAAUCUUUCCCGUAAGUCAUACUCCAGUGCUCUGUUGAUGAUGGCUCAGAUGAUAAUGGCUCAUUUUUAGUUUUUACUUUAUGAUAAUUGUAAAUUUUAUCUAAAUCUUUUGAACUUGAAUGUUCACCUAUUCAAUAAUUCAAUGAUUUUUCAUUCUAAAAAUGGUAUCAGGAUAUUGAACUUUUUAAAUGGGUCGAAAAAUUUUGGCAUAAUUGCUCUUUUUAUUUUGUUGUCGCAUCAACUACAAGAAGUGUUGAGAAUCCUUCAAUGUCUGUCACGAUCUGGAAUAUUUCAUUUGAUAUGAACUACCAUUCAUCUAUAAUUUUUAUCUAAAGGUCAGAUUCGCUAAGUCUUGGUCAACAGUUGCUCAGUUUUUUUGUUUUUUUUUUUUUGUUUUAGAGCGCUAUAGUAUGGAGGCAUUGGCCUCAAAUGAAAGGUUGUGCCAAAUCUUUCUGAUGCAUCUCAAAAGUGCUGCAAAUUUUCUCUCAAGGAAUAGGAUACAAAUUUAAUUCCUUUUAUAAAUUUAAUGCACCUUAUUCUGAUAGGUUUUACAGAGCGCCGGAUUUAAUUCAGUAGUGAGGUAUAAUUUCUAUUCCUUGAACCCUGAGAAAAAAUAUCACGCUCAGGAACAAUAAAUUCUUCUGCGCAAUGGCUUUUCUUUGCAACCAGCCUCUUGGGAUAAUUUGACUGUAAUUCUGUUUGGGUAAGCUAGAAAAUCUUGGCAGGAAUACAACUGCAAUCCCUUGUUCCGGGCCCUUAUCUUUUUUCUCAGUGGCAAUUUUCUCUAACAUUACGUACACUCUAGAAGUGCCUAUCACACAGAUGAUCCUAAACUCCAGCCCCUUAUUACGUUGCAACAAAGAGUGGGUUUCUAUCCUUUUCCAUUGAUAUUUAAGUAGAUUGGAUUUGUAUCGCUGAAAACUUACCUUCAGCAUCUGAAUAUAGAAAAGUGAAGUCCAGUGGCGUAGCUUAGUUUGCAAUGAAUCGAUUGAUCUAAACUAAUGGGGAAGGAUCAAUUAUCAGGAAGUUUGCGACAGAUAUGUUAGUGAUCGAUUUUUUUAUCAUAGCUCCAAAUGGGAAAGUAUCAAUUCACACUUCACCACUGAUGAGGUCGAUUUAUUACAAUGUAAGGGGAUUCCUUGAAUCUUCACUUGUCGAAGCCAUUUUACUUGAAGCCAGGUGAGCAAUUGAGCAUCCGAAGUGAAAUAUGGGUUUGUUUUAAAUUUUUACCUUGCCUUCUAAUUUAAUCUUGUUUUUAUCUUUUAUAUAAGUAGUUGAUAAAUAUAAUGUCUCAAAGGUAUUAUAAUUGAACAUAUUUUCAUAUCUUGUUUCAAGUGUUUUAUAUCUAGUUUUGUCUCUCUAAUCAGUUAGAUUUGGUUACCUUUAGCCAACUUCUUUAUUUUCCCUCAAAUGCAAGGUCAACCUUUAAUCAAUUUUCUAUGCCUGUGAAGUUCGUUAGAGGGGUUUCUGCGUGUCUCGUCUGAAAAUUUCAAAGGUGACCUAGUUCAUUUGAUAAAAAGUUUAUAAAUUAAUAUUUCAAAUAAUCUCUGGUUAAUCUGAAAAACAGAUGAUGUCUAACAUCUUUUAAACUUUUGUUUCAAUCAGUGUUGAUCCGAAAUGUCAAAAUUUUCGGCACAUUAACAGUGAAUUUGCAGGAAUGCAUAUCUAGGUUUUGCAUAUUUGCAGACUUUCUGCGGUAGGUAUUUUAUUCUUCAAAUGAAAAAAUACCCAAUGUUUUUUAUUGAAAACCUCUCUUUCUCCUCUAAGUGAAGAAAAAUCAUUAUAAUUUCAAGCAAUAAUAUUUAUUUGUUCUCCUUUGAUCAAAUAAAAUGGGAGCAGAGAUUUUGGAAUAGCGUAAAUCAAAUACGCCUUCCUGCAGUUUCACCAUCGAUAUGACAUUCAAAAUGUUUUUUGUUUGUUUCAUUUUUCAAUUAAAUAGUUGAUUCAUCUUGCAGUUCAAUCAUGGUUGAACUGGUGCUUGAUACAUCACAUCGAUCAAGUACAGAAGUUCGGAAAUCUGGAGCCCUAAGAAAAUUGCCCCUGCUCAUUCAGUCAACAAAAUUAUUUGUUCAAACAAAAUAACAAAACAUACAAAAAUAAAACAAAAAUUUGCUUAUUAAAUGAGGAUUGCAUUUCAAAUAACAAUAGAUGCCUGUUUCAAACGCAAUAUGAAGGUGAAACCACAAAAAUGCCAUCUCAAUUGCGGUGUUUCAAAAUUUUCGCACGUAUUUUAAAAUUUAUUAGGAGACCAAACCAACUUCAUAGCUUGAAAUUUUCAGUGGAUACUCUUUACAUAGAGAAGAAUAAACAUGGAUGUUCCAAAAAAAAUAUCAUUUAGUCGUUUUUCACAUAGAAACAAGUAUGACAAGAAGUUUUCAAUGUGGCAAACAGACAUUCGCAUUUCUGCAGUUUCACCAUGAAAUACUUUCUUGAAUACUGAAUCUGUUUUUUUUUGUUUUGUUUCAAUCACAGAUUCUUUGUUUUUCCCUCUUUUUUUGUGUAAAUGAUCCUAUACGCCUGUGGGUGGAGACGGCUUUUUUGGCAUUUAGCCUAAAAUAUGCCCAGAGUUUACAUGAUCGAUGGGAUGUAUCUAAUCUCAGUUAAUUGCAAGGGGACUCUUUGAAUGAAUUACCUCGGAAACACAUGCAAAAAAAAAAAUAUGUUUUAAAGCCAAGUCAAAGUCAGGACAUAUAAUUAUCUGCGAAUCAUUUCACUCUGUCAAACAGCCAACUCCUCAUUUAUUGCGUAAGUUCCUGCAAUAAUCCUAGAUGACUUAUUCCUCAUCUAGAGCCUGUUUUAACCCUCUCUUGUUUUGUGCCAUCAGUAUUCAGUUUUAGCCUCAAGUAUUAUUUUUUGUUCUUUCCUUGAAAUGUAAGUUAUUCCAGUUAUUUGAGUGUAACAGCAGAAGCAUACCAAUGCCCUGAGGAUCAUACAAGUGACAUUUUUUUCCUGUAAUUUUCAAUCUGUUUUACUCAUUUUAAUUUUUUGAUGAUGUGAAAAUCCGCUUGAAUCCAGAAAUGAAAAAUUCUCUCGGCAAUGUUGAGUCCCAGCCUAAUUAUGAGACUCCUUCAUGUGCCAUCGAUUUUUCAAUAGAAGCAAAUGAAAAUUAUUAGCAAACACUUAAAGAAUAGCAACAAAAGACUGAGCAACGGGUCAGUUGGGUAAGUCACAGAAUCGUGUUUUGAUAGUUUAAGCCUAUAGAUUAGCAAAAUACAAGCGACAUUGCUCUCCGAAAAACACGGCAUAUGACAUCAUCCACUGCGGUAGUGCAUACUAUGGUUUCUUUCACCUUGGUUUCAUAAAAAAAGGCAGAAGAAAUAGCAUGGAUGAUAUUGUAGCUUAGGUUUUUUGAUGACAGAUAUCUUCAUUAAUAUGGGAUGUUAUUUGGCAUUUAGAUAGAUUGUAUACAGUUUUGCUAAUCCAUAAGCUCACACCAUCAGAACAUGAUUCUGUCACCAGCGCAAAUGACUUAUUGAAAAGUGAGCUUCUAUUCUAUUCUAUUUUUUUGCUGCUGCUCUGGAUACAGGAAGACCUCUAAAUAAUAAGAAAGUUACUUUAGUGGAAUUCAUCCCUUAAGAAUACCCAACUCAUCCAACUUUUCACAUGCACAGAUUUGCCUCCUCUGUAAUAAAUAAAGGCUACCUAUGUUGUUUUUCUCAUUCCAAUAUGCAUUUGCAUGACAUAAUUUUAUGAUCUUGUUUUUAUUGUAUGAGUAUUUAAAUCGAAAUAUUGUAUACUUAAAGGAAUCAAAAUCAAGAAAUUUAUUUCUAAGAUUCUCUCCAAUGUAUAUUACUCACUCCUUCAAAUCACAUCUGAUAGUCUGUCGGCAGUUUUCAACCCGUAUUACUUCCUUCUGUAAUUGUUAGUUUGAUUUUUUCUCUCUUUCUUUUGUUCUGGCGAGUCUAAUAUUCUUUAUCUAUCAUUUGAUAUUAACUGAUUACUGAUAAAUUAUUGAUAAAUAUCUAUCGUUAUUCUCGACUACUGUUAUUGAAUAUAUUGAUUUAAUUUAUUUUGCUCUCAGAUUCAGGAGUGUAUUCAGUCUUCUUUCUGGAUGCAUUAUAUAAUAUUUGUACGGUUUAUUUUCGUUAUGCUAGAAAAUUUUUUAACACUGUUAGAACUUCAAAAGUUUUAUGAUGCUUCCUUGUAAUGUAGUAACAGAUGAUUUCUUGUCCUUAAAAAGUUUGGUCUCUUUUUAUCUAUUACCAAAUCUUAAACAAUUGCCUCUUUGCCUGUCUUAACUUGAAGGAACGAUUCUUUGAAGUGAAAAAAUAAAAACCCAUAAAACCAUCUGAAUUCAAUUAGAAUUCAAACAGAUUAUUAAUGGAUAAGGAGGCAUUUUUUUCCACUUAAUUUUUUCUCCUUUUAUUUCUAUCGUAAAACUAGUAUAGAAGAUAAUCUCAGAAGUCUUUCAGCUUUUGAAUCUUUGAUCACACGGUUUUAUUAGGCAAUUAAUAUAUUAUAUAUUAUUUUCAAAAUUUAUACCUGCUUAGUACUCCAUCGAAAGGCAGUGAACUUAUUUAUCUUUAACAGUACAGUUGAACGCAGCAGAAACAGCCUAACCACAUUAGAUAUCGUCUAAUUUUCUCUGAUAUUAAAUCCUUUAAACAGAAAAUUGAGCAAACACCGAACCUUGAAAUUUUGUGAGUAUAUUCUCCAUAACCUGGGGGAAAUUCCCAGGAAAUUCAAAGGUAUUAAGUAGUUUAGUUUUCUGUCGAAAAAACAAAAUAUGAGAGAAAAUUAGGCACUCUUAAUGCAGUCAGGCUAUUGGGACUACAUUUUGGGAUAAGGCACCACAAUUUCUGGCUCAGUUUAGAAACAGCGUAUGUACCAUCAGUUUCCCUAUGCAAAUGAUUGUUUUUAUAGAUGAGCUAGAAAUUGGAGCUCCUAACUGCAAAAGAAGUCCAAUACUGGUUAAACCUGUUCAAUUAAUUACUGAAAGCAGACUUUGAAACUAUUUUUAAUUGUUAUUUUAAAAGUUAAUUUUCAAAUCAAGUCGUGUAAUAAAUCAAUUUUGCGUCCAUCAAGGAUCUUUGAAUUGAGAAAACCUGCCUUUUUAAUGAAGUCAAGUAUCAAAGGAAUCUCUUUUGGACAAGAAAUCUAUUUGCUUUUCUCUGACUGUGUAUUCCUUUUUCAUUCUAAAAUGUAUUUCAGUUUGAUCUUUUUUUGGAGUGAUGACUUUUCUCCAGGGUCAUCCACGGUUCAUCAUUUCCCUUUUCUCAAAACUAUUUGACAAUCAGUUUUGCUUUUGUUUGAAUUUUGAAACAAGUUAAGUGUAUGUCCCCAAAAUUUGGCAUCAAAAUGGUCCAAUGAACCCUUUGAUAUGAAUUUUGAAGUAGAUAAUUUUUACUUUGUACCGUAACCAAAACUUGGAUAGUGAAGUGAGAGACACAAUUGGUGAAUGUGUAUAAAAAUGUACUUUGAUAGGGCAUCAGCACUAAGCUGAACUUCCCAUGAAGUCUGAUAUAAUAUGUAUUAGUACUCUUCUACUACCAACACUUAACAUCUCAUCAAUAAUACUGCGUGCUAAGGAAAAAAGCCGUAUGAAAAUUCGAAAGUUACAUAAUUUCCUCCAAUAGAAUGUUUAUUUUAGAGAAAAGUUAUGAAUUUUUCUUUUUAAAAUUUUUAGAUAAUUUAGAUAUGAUCAUGAAUCAAAUUAACUUUAAAAUUCAGAUAAAAAUAAUCGCAGACUUCCCUGAAAAAUCAUAUCUCAACAAAAUAAAUGAGACGUCUAAAGGCUCAUACAGUGAUCCUCCUUAGCACAGCAGAAUAGUUUCCCACCUUCUAUAUUGUACUGGUCAGAUACUAAAAAAGCGCUUUUCACAUUUUAUCAUACAAUACUCUCUCUAGGUGUAACGACACUUGUUAUUAAGAAACCUUUUCUGUAAAAAAAGAAUCUUUUGGUCCCUUGAAAUUGAAAAUGUUAAUUACUGCCGUUUUCUUUUAUGAAAAACCGCUUGGUCUGGUGCCAACUUGUUACAGAGAGAGAGUACUGUAUGUGUGUACUUUCGCCCAAUUUUUCAGGAAAUAAUGAAAGUAAAUAUUCUGUCUGCUCUGAUGGGAUUGAAUAAGUCAAAAUUUUCGUGAAUGCCUCGGAAAUUCAAGAACCAGAUGUUUUGAAACUUUUAAGUAGCCAAAACUUUGUUUCAGUAACCUAUUGAACACUUGUACUUUUACUUAUACUCAUGCUCCUGAAACACUUCUAAUUCACAAAGAUAAAUCUGUAUAUAUUAAGAAGUAUUCUCUCUCUUCCUUUCUCUAUUCAAACAAUUAACUAAUUACAAGCAUGUCAGCAAGAUAUUUAUUUUGCUCCAUCUUUUUGCAAAAUUACUGUACCCACCUUCUCUCUUCAUCUCUGUAUUGUCCUCCUGAAACCAUAUGUUAAACAUGGUUGUACCAAAUUUGUUAUCAUUAUUACAGUUAGAUUUCAAAUUAUU